UCCAAGAGACAGUUUUUGCUCACAACUUCAGUCGGUCUCAUAGCCCUAACUUCCCAAACCCCACUUCCCAAUUCCUUCGUUGAACCUUCUCCCACCCCAAAGCCUGCAUCUUUCCCAGGAAUCGUCAACACAAAAGCUUGGUUUCGGCACUAUGGAGAUGGGUUCUCAAUCCGGGUCCCUCCACAGUUCGAGGACAUCGUGGAGCAAGAUGAUUUGAAUGCGGGAUUGUCUUAUGGUGAUAAGGUUAAGCCGCAUACCUUUGCUGCUCGGUUUGCCACUGCUGAUGGUACAUUGACCAAGUUCUACACUAUUCGCCCCACCAAUCAGCUCAAAAUCACAUUUUUAGAGGCUAAAGAUGUUAGCGAUUUGGCUUCCUUGAAAGAGGCAACAAAAAAUCUUCGUUCAAGGCAUGUUUAA